AUGGAGGAGGCCGAGGAGAUGCAGGUGGAGAGGGUGCACGAGGACGCGGAGCACGGGGGCGCCGACGCCGACAAGCUCAACUACGAGAUUUUCUCCAUCCUCGAGAGCAAGUUCCUCUUCGGCUACACGGACCCGCACCAGCUCUGGCUGCCCAAGCCGCCGCCGCCGGCGCAGGCGUCGCAGGCGGCCCUGGCGGUCCCGGUGAAGGCGGCUCAGCGCGGGAAGGUGUGCGUGCUCUGCGUUGAUGGUGGCGGCGGCGGGCUGAGGGCGCUGCUCGCCGGCCGCGCGCUCGCGCACCUCGAGGCCGCGCUCCAGCGCGCGUCCGGGAGCCCCGACGCGCGCGUCGCCGACUACUUCGACCUCGCGGCCGGCACGGGCGCGGGCGGCGUCUUCGCCGCGAUGCUCUUCUCGACCCACUCGCGCGGCGCCCCGCUGUUCCGCGCCGAGGACACCUGGCGCCUGGUGGCGGACCACGCGCUCAGGCUCUUCCGCAGGCCCGCUGGCUCCACCUCCCUCUUCUGCCGCGCCAAGAAGCGCCCGCUUGCUGCGCCCACGGCGGCGCUCAGCGUGGCCAUGAAGGCCGCGUUCGGCGAGGAGCUCACCCUGCGGGACACCAUCAAGCCCGUGCUAAUCUCCUGCUAUGACCUCAAGUCGUGCGCGCCGCUCCUGUUCUCGCGCGCCGACGCCCUGGAGAGCGGGAGCUACGACUUCCGCCUCUCCGACGUCGGCCGCGCGGCCUGGUCGGAGCCCGGCCGCUUCGAGCCGGCCGAGGUGGCGUCGGUGGAUGGCGUGACAUCCUGCGCCGCGGUGGACGGCGGGCCGACCAUGGGCAGCCCGGCCGCCGCUGCCAUCACGCACGUGCUGCACAACAAGCACGAGUUCCCGUUCGUGCGCGGCGUCGAGGACCUCCUCGUUCUCUCCAUCGGCGGCUGCUCCGGCGCGGGCGGCUCCGGAGCCACCGCGGACGCCGACAUCAUGCGCAUGCGCCGGUGGGGCCCCAAGGAGUGGGCCCGCCCCAUCGCCCGCAUCGCGGCCGAUGGCGCCGCCGACCUCGUGGACCACGCCGUUGCACGCGCCUUCGGGCAAUGCCACUCGUCCAAUUACCUGCGCAUUCAGGCGAAGCGGGAGAGCAUGCCGCCGUGCGGGCCGGACGGGGAGUACGACCCGACGCAGGCGAACGUGCAGGCGCUGCUCGCGGUGGCGGACGAGACGAUGAAGCAGCGCAACGUGGAGUCGGUGCUGUUCGAGGGGAGGCGGAUCGGGGAGCAGACCAACGCGGAGAAGCUGGAGUGGUUCGCCGCCGAGCUCGUCGCCGAGCACCGCGGCAGGGGCUCCCGGAUCGCGCCCACCGUCGCGUUCAAGCAGUCGCCGGCGCUGGGCUGA